AUAGUAGUUUGUGUUUGUAAUUUGUGCUGUAUCCAUCGUCUCUUGUACUGCUUCCUGUCGGCCCUGUUCUGUUGCUCUUGCCUUGUAUUUUUCUUUAUUUAAUUUAACGCUAUCCAGGUCGUUGAACACAAUCUCCAUGAUGUUCCUAUCUGAUUUCUUCCAGCCUUUGGUUUCGCUCCUAAGAGGGUCAUGUCUCAUUCUUGCGCUCCCUCCUGAAGUUCUUCUCGAGCUCAUAUUCCCCCGUUUGUCUCUUCGUGAUCUUCUGGCUCUACGAUCAGCCAACAAAAGUUUCUUCUACCUCACUCAUGAUUUCAUGCUCUGGAAGCGGAUGCUCAAAAAGGUCCACCUCCCUCUUCCCCUUUCACAUCCUCCCUUUCAGCAUACUCCUGCCAGAGAUCACCAUCUCGAAAGGGCUCUCAUACGCGCAUCUUCGUUGGAGAAGAACUGGAUAGUAGAACCUUGCAUACGAUUCACCUACAUUUUAGAGACGCCGGGCGACAAAGUUCUCGAAGUAUCUCUUCUUCCUGGAGGGAAGUAUCUCGUCGCAUCUAUGGCCGACGUGAAGGAUUAUCGGUAUUAUCUGGCCAUUUUUGAUGUCGACGAAACGCCUGCUGAGAGAAAUAAUCUGCUGGCAAAGAUAGCCUUGCCCAGCAGGGCGUAUCAUCUGCGGGCUAAGUUCAUGCACUACCAAGGAGAACAGCGCAUCAUGAUAUUCUACGUUCGACGAGGCUAUCCGACCGGGACGCUGUACAGCCUAGAUCCAUCGACGCUAAGCUACGAUGCUGCAGACGUGGAACAUCCUUUAUCGUAUGACUGCGUCUGUACUUCUGUCGCGCUAGGAUCUUUGGAGUACAUCUCAGACCCCGAAAAAGACAACACUUCGUCCACUUUUCGGGAAUAUGCAAAAUCACUUCCCAGUCCUUUCCAAUGGUCCAGUACUGUCUGCUUUGGUGAUAGGCGGCCGGAGCGUCCUUCUUUAUGUCAAUAUCUUGGGGCCCCUUGCGCUGCUGUGUGUCACCAAAACCGGGUUAUAAUCGUCAACUUUGACACUCAGCGCACGACGCACUUCAUAUGCCCAGACAUGGGGCCUAAUCAGGAUUCUUGCGCUCAGAAUUCUUCCUGCUCAGGCCCAUGUUCUCCUCGUGCGAGCUGAUGUUAACGGGGAUCAGAUCGAACUCUAUGCUAUACCUCAAGUCUCUGCACAGCACAUCACAUUUCCUUUGCAGCAGGUUGUUACUCACGUUUCGAAUAACAGAAUUGACGCUGCAUGCAUCUCCGACAUGUACAUGCCUCAAAAUGCCAAUGGUUCGCCUUGGAUAAAUUCUCCUCCGUCCAUAGCUCCCCCAAUUGCCAUCUACUUGACUCAUGUCGAUGGUAUCAUCGGCACAGUUAAUUUGCAGCUACACCGAAAUAACAAAACGGGGUCAAUGGAGUACGAUUUGAACCAGCGCACUGUUACGACUAUCCAGGUGCCAAGCGCUGGUCGUCUCAAUGUUCUUCCGGGGGCAUAUCGCUCUGUUGCAUACCACACGGACUGGUUCGACCGCA